AUGGAAGACCUUCCUGUGGAGCUAUUACAGUACAUUUUCAUGCUCUUGUCUCCGUGUUCCGACCUGCCUUCCGUCAUUCAAGUGUGCCGGCGUUGGCGGAAUGUCGGUUUAGAGGUCAUGAAAUUGCGCAGAAAUGCAAUUGCUAGUGCUUAUCGCCUAGAAGCACCUUUACGUUGGCAGGUUCCUAAAGCUAGCAUCCCGGCUCCCACGAAGCGCUUUGGUGCAACCGUUCUCUACCACGAUGGAUACGUUUAUGUUUUUGGAGGUGCCACAAGCAUGUUUACAACAUUCAAUGAUCUUUGGCGUUAUGAACUUAAUACGCACACUUGGAAACGCCUAGUUGUUGAAGGCGAGUUGCCAACUCCUCGCGCUCACGCCAAAGGUGGUUUCAUCGGACAAACGUUAUACCUGUUUGGCGGUUGUCACAGUUUCCACUUGCCCGGAAUGUACCAUGCGGUGAGUAGCUUUUGGCGUUACCUAAAGCAAUUUAAAAUCUAUUGUUGGACCAAUUUUUGUUAG